AUGAGGGAAGUCAACUUCAGCAUACCGAACGCGAACAAAGCCUCCGUUGGCAUCACUACCGCUCUCUAUGAUCGCCGCGCUCUAGACUGCACAUCUACCCUGCCUCUAAUCAACUCGCUGAACCACCUGGCAUAUCUGACUACCUCCUCCGCGCGCAUACGAGACAUCUUGACCGUAGAUGGAGGCGUCGAACGGCUGGUGUGCAUACUGAAGGAGGGCAGGAGCAAAGACAUGAUGGACAUGUGGAAAUGGAACCUUGCGUUUCAAUGCGUGGUCAACAUUGGAGUAAGAGGGUCAGAGAACGUCCGGACACGGGUUGUCGAGGCAGACAUGGUCCCAGUCAUUGCAACCAUACUUGACAACUAUCUCAAGGUUAUUGAGAAAUGCCGGGAGAAGGCCGAAGCGGAGACGAAGCGGAACUCGAGAAGUCUCGGCACCUCGGGCAGACAUUAUCCGCGGGUGUCUGAACAACUGGGACUGUCUUCAGGCCACAGACAUGAACGUCACAGACGCCAGGCGCCUCCUCCGAUUGAGAUUCCGCAGCCUCCCAGUCACGCGCCGACCGACUCACAGGUUAUCGAUGCGCCCCCAGUACCUCCUACGUUUCCAUUCAGCUCCCCUCCUGAGCGCACAUCGUUCUCCAGACACCAUCAUCACCACCACCAUCGCAGCCAUGAAAGUAGAAGAUACGAGACGUUGCCUAGUUCAAGCCGCCAGAAUAUCCCUCAGCCUCUUGCAUCCGCUGGGCCGGUCCUGGAGCCUCCCGAACCUUUCAAUAUCCGACCAGUCAGAGAUGCCGACCGCCUUCCGUCCAUGCUACCCAUGGCGGUGGGGGAAAUUACGUCCCAGCCGGAGUCGCCAACCACACCGAACGCUCUCAUCAAUAUUCCGCCAACCAGCCCAAGAGUUGUGGCAAGCGGAGGCAGGACCCGCCGACGUCCGUCGAUCCGCCACCAGCUGUCUAUGUCUGGGGACUCGGACGGGGGCCAAGACGAAGAGCUGUUGGCAUCUGAGGACUCCGCGGCCGCUGGAGAUGCCGUAGAGCCCAUCGUGGGUCUCCAGAACGAGAUCAACAUGCAGGACAUCGUCGACAACGAGGAGAUGCUAGAUGCUGGCGCAACGCCUGUCGGACUGAACGCAGCUCCUUCAGAGGAUACAGACGCAGAGACCUUCAACAUCACACACAGAUCCGCAAUCGAUGGUAGCCUGAUCAACCCAGCGGUGAAUCAAGCAGCUGGACCGAUGGCGUUCUCCCCCGCCCAGCCCACCAUUAACGUCGUCAAUGCCACCCCGCAGACGAUGCAAGCGAACUGGUACCCGCGCUACAUGCAAGACCGCACAAUCACAGCCGGCGUCCUAGCCGCCAUGCCACGUGACGAGGACGUUCUCAUGUCGCUCCAGCUUCUCGCCUACGUCUCCAAAUACUGCAAUCUGCGCUCCUACUUCCAAGAGUCGCACCUCGUACCAAAACUGAAGAUCGGCGCCGAUCUGGCAAUGCUAGAUGGCGAGGCGCCAGCCAAGCCAGCCGUAACGGAGGAGGACGAAGACGAGGAGUAUCUGCUCCCUGACGACUUCAAUAUCUUCCCGCUCGUCGAAAAGUUCACGGUCCGCCACCACAGCCAGGACAUGCAGUACUGGGCCGGCGUAGUCAUGCGGAAUCUGUGCCGCAAGGACGACUCCCGCGGCGGCAUCAGACAGUGCGCUUACUACGAGUGCGGGCGGUGGGAGGAGUUUACGCGGCAGUUUGCGAAGUGCCGCAGGUGCCGACGCACAAAAUACUGCAGCAAGGAAUGCCAGAAGAGCGCUUGGGUCUAUCAUCGGCAUUGGUGCGUUGCGGCGCAGCAAUAG